UCCCUAGAGUUACACCUCUGUGGUGAUAGAACAGGCCAUCUUUCUUCCUCGGCGCUACCGUGAAGUACUCAGGAAAUUCAGAGAAAGAGAAAGUGGCAAUGCAUAUCCAGUCUUGUGAGUUUUUCAUCCUCCUGCUCUUGCGAUGAUCAAAUGCUUGGCUGAAGAAGUACAAGGCAGUUUACGUUCUGGAGUGGCUAUCAACUCACUGAGCCAGUGUGCUGAAGAGCUAGUCCUUAACAGCAUAGAUGCUAAUGCAACAUGUGUAGCUAUUAGAGUGGAUUUGGAAACUUUUAAGGUCCAGGUGGUGGAUAAUGGCUGUGGGAUGGAAAGAGAAGAGCUCAACAAAGUGGGGAAUAAGUACUUUACCAGUAAAUGCUGCACACUGGAAGACCUAGAAAAUUUAAAGUUUUAUGGUUUCCGUGGAGAGGCUUUGGCAAGCAUUGCCAACAUGGCCAGCAUACUGGAAAUAUCAUCCAAGACAAAUAAGAUAGCAAAAACCUUCUUGAAACUAUUUCACAAUGGAAAAGGACUGGAAGUCUCUGAAACAGAAUUGAAUAGACCAAGUGUUGGAACAACAGUGACAGUGUACAACUUAUUCCACCAGUUACCUGUGAGGAGAAAGUGCAUGGAUUCUAUACUGGAAUUUGAAAGAGUGAGGCAUAAAGUAGAGGCUCUUUCGCUUAUUCAUCCCUCUGUUUCCUUUUCUUUAAGGAAUGAUGCUUCCUGUUCAAUGGUACUUCAGCUAUCCAAGACAAAAGAUGUGUGUUCCCGGUUUGCUCAGAUUUAUGGUCUAGGUAAAUCACAGAAAUUACGAGAAAUAAAUUAUAUGUCUGGAAGAUUUGAAAUAAGUGGUUUUAUCAGUUCUGAAGGGCAUUACAAUAAGAACAUUCAAUUUUUAUAUGUGAAUAAUAGACUAGUAUUAAGAACAAGAUUGCAUAAACUCAUUGAUUUUUUACUAAGAAAACAAAGUGUUAUAUGUAAGACAAAAAGCGGAGCAUUGACUUCAAGUCUCGCUCGUCAUCGCUCAGGCCCAGAGCUCUAUGGAGUCUUUAUUAUCAAUGUGAAGUGUCAACAUGAUGAAUAUGACGUGUGUUUGGAACCUGCAAAAACUCUAAUAGAGUUUCGCAGCUGGGAUGCUGUCUUAACUUGCAUUGAGGAAGGAGUAAAAGCAUUUUUAAAGCGAGAACAUCUAUUUAUUGAGCUGUGUGGUGAAGACAUUAAAGAAUUUAAUGAAAGCAAUGGCUUUUGUUUGGGUGACACCACUGUUUUACAGCCUUCUCUCCCCGGGGAGAAGGGUAUAGAGGAGAGUUUUAAGAGUGCUUGUGAUAAUAUUGUGGAUUCUUAUGAAAUGUUUAAUCUACAAUCAAAGUCUGUCAGAAGGAAAAUAACUCUUGCAAAGAAGGGAUCCAAUGACAUAGGACCUAUUAACAAUGUCAAAGGAAUAGAUGUUCACCCAGAUUUAACUGGUUCUGAACCUGUUCAUGAACUGCGACAUAAUGAAAUGGAGCCACACAAAAAUGGCACUGCUUCUGAUUUUCCAAAAUUGAGUAAUUUGCAUGAAGAGUCAAAAAUGUCUGUUAAUCUACAGAUUCAAGUCUUGAGUUCCAAGUGUCCAGAAGAACUUGUUGGGCAGGAUAGGUCAGUUGUUUUAGAAAUAGACAGGCACGCUGGUACAUCACUUUGUAAUGAUAUAGGUGCAAGUAGUUGUCAAGAUAGAAUGCUUCAGGAAAAAAGUCCUGAUACUGCCACUAUAGGAAACAUUGAAACUAUGGGAAAUGCUAAUAGGUUUAAAUGUCAACUUCCUUUAGGGUGUGGUUUGAUGGAAAAAUCUAAGGCAAUGAAAGAGGGAAGAGAACCUUACAUAGGGUCACAAACCACUCAAGAAGUGGUAAUGGAACAUGAACCAUUGAAGUUGUGUUCCACUGGCCUCAUAACACACUUGAUGCAAAAUGAGCCACCACAUAAAAGAACAGAAAUGAAGAAUUCACUAAACAGACAACCUAAACUGGGUCCAGUAAGUGCCAAGAACUUAUUUGAAGAAAAACAGGGGGGUUCAGAGCAGACUUCAAAUAUUCAAGAAUGUUUGAGGAUAACCAACAGAAGAAUAUGCACAGCAAAUACAAAUGAAUGCACGCAGAAGGGAAAUUUGCCAGGUCAAAAGAAUGACGUAACUUCAGUUCUUACAGAUGGUAGAGUGGACUUUGUGACAUCACAUAUCAAAGAUUUUUUUCCUGUUGCUCCUUCAGGUUCUGUUCAUCUAGACAAUGCAAUCAAGAAUAGGCAGAUGACUGAACUUCCACUUAGGUCUGCAACUUGUGACAUAACUAAAUUAAGCUUGCAACCAAAGCUGGGAUCAUUGGAUAGAUUCAAGAGACAUUAUGGUAGCAUAAAGAAUACAACACCAAUAACUGAUGUGGAAAAGAGGAAUGAGGUUGAAGUGCCAGUCUAUGUCAGGUCUCUUACUGAUGAGAAUACGGAUCUUCAAAACUCUAGUAUUUGUGAAGUUUCAACUAAGAAGCAUAUUGUUUCUAAUAAUAGUGGCUGUGAUUGCCUUCUUCCUUUAGAAAAGUCUCAACACUUCACAGAAGAAAGUCUAUUAAGCAAAAACAUUUUUCAAGUAAGUCCUCUGACGCUGACAGAUUACUCUCAAAUCAGAAGGAAAUCUCUUUCUGGUACUAAAUUCACGGGAACACUUGCCUCUAAAGUGUCUAGAAUGAAGGAAAGCUUUAAAAAAGUUUUAAAUACAGAAUCUACAGAGCAGCCUUUAGAACAACCCCAAGCAUGCUCAAGCCAAAAAGAUGAAAUCAGAUGGGAUUUCUCACCCCAAAACGAGUCUUUGCAAAGUGCUUGCCACAUAACUCAACUUUCCCCAAGAGAAGUAGGGACAGAGAAUCACUGUUUUGCCUCUGUCUCUGAUAAGCGAGGUAAUUCCAUGGUAAUCCCUAGCACAAGAGUAGGGGAUCUGGAAGAUACUGCCAACCAUUGUUUCAUUGACACUGAUGGAGAGUAUAUAGCCUCUCAAAACAGAAGUUUAGUUUUGUUGAAUAAAGAUGUGGAUUCUGAAGGCCUUUGUGAAGAUACAGCCAUUAUGGAUGGAUCUACAAGGCAAGCCAUAAAAGGCUAUGAAUUCCACAGUGUGAACUUGUCCAGGAACAUGGAAGAUGCCACAGAUGAUUCAAGUAUAAUUCAAACUGAGGAAUCACAAUCUCAUUCUCCUAAGUGGUUUCACCACUUUGAUGCAUCAUUGGGAAGGAUGGUAUACAUCAACAAAAUGACUGGACUGAGCACAUACAGUGCUCCUCCCGGUGAGGAACCUCAAGCUGUAUGUACUAAAGAUAUAAGCACUCUGUCUGUAAAUGUCAUGGAGAAUGGAUUUCAAUGCAGAUGUCAUCCAUUUAGAAGUGAGUUUAUUGUGCCCUUCCUUCCAAGACCUCAGAAAGAGAGGAGUUUGGCAAGCCAGGAUUUUAGAGAUACUCAAGGAGACUCUCUCCAGUCCUUGUUUUCAGAGUGGGAUAAUCCUGUGUUUGCUCACUGUCCACAGGUUGCUGUUGAUGUGAGCAGUAGGCAAGCUGAUAGUCUUGCUGUGAAAAUCCAUAACAUUGUGUAUCCUUACCAGUUCACCAAGAAGAUGAUUGAUUCAAUGCAGGUCCUUAAUCAAGUGGAUAAUAAAUUUAUUGCUUGUUUAAUCAACACUAGGGCAGAUGAGAAUGAAGAGACAGUUUUAGAUGGAAACCUUCUUGUGUUGGUGGAUCAGCAUGCAGCCCAUGAGCGUGUCCGCCUUGAGCAACUUAUCACAGAUUCCUAUGAAAGGCAGCCUGAAGCAUUGGUCAAGAAAAAACUAUUGGCCUCCACUGUGUGUCCCCCAUUGGAGAUUGAGAUAACAGAGGAUCAGAGGAGACUCUUAUGGUGCUGCCACAAAAGCCUGGAGGACUUAGGCCUUGAAUUAUUAUUUCCAAAGGACAAUCCCUCUCAGAUUCUUGUUGGGAAAGUGCCAUUGUGUUUUGUGGAGAGAGAGGCCAAUGAAUUGCGUCGUGGAAGGCAGACAGUGACUAAGAGCAUUGUGGAGGAGUUCAUUCGAGAACAAGUUGAGCUGUUGCAGACAACAGGAGGGGCACAAGGAACGUUGCCAUUAACAAUUCUGAAGGUGCUGGCUUCUCAGGCUUGCCAUGGUGCUAUUAAGUUCAAUGACAGCUUGACUUUGGAGGAGAGUUGCCAUCUUAUGGAGUCUUUGUCCUGUUGUCAGUUACCCUUCCAAUGUGCUCACGGGAGACCCUCCAUGUUGCCUCUUGCAGAUGUCGAUCACUUGCAGCAAGAAAGUCAGCCUAAACCUAAUCUGGCUAAACUACGGAGAAUGGCUAAAGCCUGGCAACUCUUUGGGAAAGAAAAGGAACCCUGCGGUGAAAGUGUGAGGCCUAUUUCAGAAACUCAGUGAAUGCUGCUGCCAAGCACUUCCAGCUGUUCCUACUCUGGAACACAAAUCGCUCUGAAAGCACAGCCAGAGAGACGAGCCAUCACCUGUAAUACUUCAAAGUAUCUUUCAUAGGAGCCAAAAACAUAAUGCCUGUCCUAGGGAAUGCUGAAUGAUUUACCUUACAAUAGAACUGUGUAAAGUGGUUUGGAAAGGCUGUCCCUAUUUUUUUAAAAAUACACCUUUACUUCAUAUUACUAAUAGAAA